AUGCACGAUCUAAUGACCGAUUUUGAGACUGUUACACCUGAUUUGUGGAUGGCAAACGAAGAAGCAUGGAAAGAGAAACUAUUAAAACUGCCUAAUUGGUUCCAGAUACCUCUCAUCAAUUCAAAUGCUUCCCACAACCUACCUGAUGGCACUUUGGUCCGUUUCCGAGGAAUGGUACAGGAUAUGCACAAUCCUGAGUUUUAUUUUGAACAGUUUGAAGUGUUUAACACAGUCACAAAUGUUACCAAAAGUAAAAGUGGCAAGUACAGGGACACAGCUCAUAUAUUGGAAAAUGAAAAAAUCAACUACACAGAGAAUCUCAGAAGCUCACAACGCCAGACGAUGGUUGUGGUGUCAAUGCCUGGCCUUAAUGACUGGGCACAGCAGUUAGAAGACAGACAAAACCAUUUAAAACAUUUAGAACAACAACCAAACACAUCUAAACGCUUGACUAACACUGGUACGAAGUUGAAACGAAGUCACGAUGAGACUGAGGAAGAUUCUGAUGCUAUGGAAGUGGUUGAAGAGGUAGUUACCAAUAAGGAACCGAAGACUAGUGAUACGGAGACUAAUACGGGUAGCGUACUGUCUAGGGAGCAUUUGUUAAACUUCCCUUUGCCUGAUAUGCCAAGCAAGUCUUGUAUUGUUAAGAUCUACGAUGACAGUGAGAAUGUGAAACUGAAUGAGAUGAUAGAAGUAGUAGGCUUCUUAUCAGUAGAUCCAGCAUUAUCAGGGGAGUUCCAACCAGAGAAGGAUCCUUUACUAGAUCCUGAGACGGAGUCUGAGGUGGAAACUAUCACUCACAACCCUCCACCGAGCUUAGUACCAAGGCUACAUGCAGUGUAUGUGAAGAAGUUGGAUCAUUGCAACCCUUUAAUCCAGAGUUUUGAUCAAGAAUCAGUAUUAAAAGAAGCAAAUUCGGCGCGCGAACAUUUAUUGAAGGCUCUCACAGAACUGUUGUUGGGCGACAAACUCGCUGCUGAGUAUUUGAUAUGCCAUCUCAUAUCUUGCAUAUAUUUGCGACAAGAAACCCUGUCUCUCGGCCAGUUCUGCCUCAACCUAUCAAACCUGCCUACACAGAAGUACCCUAACUAUGCAAAACAGUUGUAUGAGAUUAUCAAGCAAUUUGUUACGAAGAGUUACUACUUACCACUAACUAUUGAAAACAUGAAUACACUCAGUUUGUUGCCUAAAAAAGACUAUGAAUGCAACCGCCUUACAAGUGGAGUACUACAGCUCAGUAAAGACACCCACCUUGUGUUAGAUGAGACUAAAAUGGAACAGGGGCGACUAGACGCCACCGGAGUGAACAAUAUUGCGGCACUGGGCAACAUGAUCAUGACACAGAAAGUGGAAUACGACUUCAAGUAUUAUAAAAUGGACUUUGAAUCUGAUGUGUCAGUGCUUAUACUGUCUGAAGGCAAAUCUUUGUUACCGAGUGAUUACCAUCUCCCACUGCGCCCUGAAGAAGCUUCGUUGAAAAUAUUCGACGCUAUCGUCGAGGCAGCGACUUAUUAUUUGAAGGAAGAUAUCAUGAACAUUAUUAGGAAGUACCUAACUAGUCUUAAGCUUGUGAAGUAUACUAUAAGUGAAGAUUUGCAGUUUGUGGAAGACGAUUUCAUAGAAAUGAGGAGCAAAUCGGAUUCAGAUAACCCAGUGACGGCAGACGAUUUACAUAGACUGCUGGUAUUAGCGCGGCUGGUCAGUCUCUCCCGAGGGCUGGAUACCCUCAACAAGGAAUGCUGGGACAUUACCAAAAAUAUGGAGGCGGAACGACUUCAACGGAUAAAGAAUAGGGUUGCGCCCACUUUAUAA